AUGGCCAAGCAUCAUCCAGAUCUCGUCAUGUGCCGCAAGCAGCCUGGGGUGGCCAUUGGGCGUCUCUGCGAAAAAUGCGACGGCAAAUGCGUCAUUUGCGAUUCCUUUGUCAAUCCACAAACACUGGUCCACAUUUGCGAUGAAUGCAACUAUGGCAGUUUCGAAGGACGGUGUGUCAUUUGUGGUAAUCCUGGGGUGACCGAUGCCUACUUUUGUCGAGAAUGCGUACAGAUGGAAAAGGAUCGAGAUGGGUGUCCCAAAAUUGUCAAUUUAGGAAGUACCAAAACGGAUCUCUUUUACGAACGAAAGAAGUAUGGAUUCAAGAAGAGAUGA